GUGUAGCUCCCACUCACUGGCUUCAGAAACACAAGAUAUCAGUCCUUUAGCUGUGCAAUUUUAUCCAAAUACACAGCAUUGAUAGACGGAGGCUGCGUUCACGUUCAGGCAGAGCGUAAACAAGACGGGAGUCCUCCUGAUCUCUCACACAUCACACUCAAGACGCCAUGAAGACCAGACUCGGCUGCCUGUCCAAGAAGUCCGACUCCUACAACGACUUCUCCGAGUUUCUGCCUCCGGUUCACGAGACCACAGCCCGGUGUCUGAAAUUAUCAACGGAUGAAGUCGUCCGAUGGUCCCAGUCUUUUGAUCACCUUCUGUCUCACAAAUAUGGUCUGGCUGCAUUCAGGACAUUUCUCAAGUCAGAGUUCAGUGAUGAGAAUAUUGAGUUUUGGAUGGCCUGCGAGGAGUACAAAAAGAUCAAGGGUUCAACCAAGCUGCUUUCAAGAGCCAACAAGAUAUACAAGGAGUUCAUCGAGGUUCAGUCACCGAGAGAGGUUAACAUCGACUACCGCACCAGGGAGAAGACCAAACAGAUCCUGGCCGACGCCACCCCAACCAGCCUCAACGAGGUCCAGGGUAAAAUCUACAGCCUCAUGGAGAAAGACUCCUACCCACGAUUCCUCAGGUCCAAGAUGUACCAGGACAUGGUGAACCGGGCUCACGCACAAGGCCAGCGCAGGUCCGUCUGACACGGCAGGGGACAGGAAUGGACAGAACUCCGGACCUACUGUAGACCAGUCACCGACCCUUCGACAUAAUCCCUUAGUACUGUGAAUCAGCAAGGAUGAGGUGAUCAGCUCGACUGUUUCCUUCGUCUACACCAGCUCCGUGCAUGCAGUCUCACUGUGUAGGAUGUGUUUCUCUGGUUUACACGCUAACUGUUUGGACAUGCAUCACAUUUAGAGGCUAUAAGACUCUGUAACGAUGGCUAAACUACGGAAGAGUAUUAGGGCCAGGCAGGAGAAAAAAUGUAUAUUUUUUUUUUAUUAUGCACUUCGAGAAAAAAGUUGAAAUGUCGAGAAAAAAGUUGAAAUGUCGAGAUUAAUGUUGAAGUACAAUUUCAAGAAAAAAGUCGAAAUGUCGAGAAAAAAGUCAAAAUGUCGAGAUUAAUGUUGAAGUACGAUUUCAAGAAAAAAGUUGAAAUGUCGAGGAAAAAAGUCGAAAUGUCGAGAUUAAUGUUCAAGUACAAUUUUAAAAAAAAAAGUCGAAAUGUUGAGUCAAAAUUUCAUGAACAAAGUUGAAAUGUUGAGAAAAAAGUCAAAAUGUCGAGAUUAAAGUUGAAGUACAAUUUCAAGAAAAAAGUCAAUGUCGAGAAAAAAAGUCGAAAUGUUGAGUCAAAAUUUCGUGAACAAAGUUGAAAUGUUGAGAAAAAAGGCAAAAUUUUGAUUUUUUUUUCACGAAAUUUCGACUUUAUUCUUGAAAUUGUAUUUCAAAAUGCAUCUCGACAUUUCAACUUUUUUCUCGACAUUUCGACUUUUUUCUCAAAGUGCACAAUAAAAAAAAUCUUCCCCAUCAUAAUACUCUUCUGUACUAAACAGCUAUCACCAUGGAUUUAUUUUUUAUUACUAAUUUGACAUUUUAAUAUUUACUGAGUUGCACCUGCCAGUGGUGGGUAAAAUAGCACUUACAUGUUUUCUUGUUGUUUUUUUGUCUUUUAAGUAGGUACACAACAAAUCUAUGAACAUCUUUUGAAAAGUUAUACUGUAGUUUGGGUUAAAAUGACAGUAAUGUAUUACGUAUUACAAUAAUAGGCUCUGUCUCAGUGGGGAGGCGUUUGUGCAGCUACCUGUAGUCAACUAUAGGCACUAUUUACUUAUCUGAAUGCAAAAUGUUAUGCUUCUGAAAAUGACGAUCACAGGACUUAACCACAUUUAUCAUGGUAUUUAGGGCAUUUUAGGAAUUUUAAAAACUUUUUGAAAAAACGUUAAAAACGUUUUGGGUUCCUAGCUACACAUUUUAUACUGCAGUGAAGGAAAAAAAAGGCCCCAAAAUGAAUGAUACACUAUGCACUUAACGUUCUGGUUUAUCAGUAAUUCACCUGUGAUCUGGGUUCUGCAUGCUGACCGCACUUUUCAGUGUAAACCAACUUUUUCAUUCAGUAAAGCAAAAGUUGGGAAGAAUGUGAUACAUUUAAAGCAAAUAAUUAUAAUUUACCUUAUCAAACCCAAAAAGUAAAAUGUUGAAUUAAUGACCUUGGGGGUUUCGCGGCAAUAACUUUUGUUGUUAUAUUAUUAUAUAUUCCUCCCUGAAACUCACACACACGUCGAAGGUGAACUUCCACCUCUCUACCUCCUUUUUUCUAAGACGUUGUUGCUAUGACGACCAGGGCUGAGCGAACAACAGGAAACCAUGAGUCACACGGAGCUGUUUGCACAUGCGAUUGAUUAGAUGAUGAUCGGGGAACGAGCUCAGUAUAAAAGACAGUGAGGAUCUUUAAAUCAGACCACAAAACAAAACAGUCACGGCAUCAAAACUGUGAUGGGAAGAAUGUUUGUUUCUGCACAAUAUUUUCACCAACUUGUAACUGGAGUGGACAUACAGUACAGGACUGUCUCAGAAAAUUAGAAUAUUGUGAUAAAGUUUUUUAUUUUCUGUAAUGCAAUUUAAAAAAAAAACAAAAAUGUCAUACAU